CAUAAAGAAUGAACUGUUGUGGAGGAGAACUAUAGAUCGUCGGUUUUGAGUAAAACAAACAGUGGUCAGCCUUGUAAAACACAUGGUGUCAGCCUUGUCUUCAAAUUGUAUACAGUUUUUGAGUAUUACCUGAAUGGAAGAUUGAAGAUGUGUACCUUGUGAAAUCAUCAAUGCUUUAUUUUUUAAUCCCAUAUGCUGUGAUUGCUGCAAAGGCACUGUUGGGUUGGUCUGCUACUGAGGGGCUUUUGUAUCCAAGUUCUAAAGAUACUUGUAUUAGAAAUGCAUCAGCCAGUGUUGUCAAGAUACAAAAUCCAGAAAUCUUGGGGAUUCAAAUUAAGUGGUUUGUUGAAGAUAAUGCUUUGGAUAGUAUUGAGGGAUUUCAUCUAUACCUUUUGACUAGCAGUGGUCUAUCAAGAUCAUUUUUCAUAAAAAAGAAAAUCACAACUUAUUCGAUUAAGCUGCCUAAGACGUUGAAAAGGGUAGAACAAUACAGGAUACACUUGGGAUGCACACCACUAAACGUGAAAAACAGAAUAAAAAUGGUUAUCAAUCCAAAAGAUAUUUGUGAAGCAUAUUCUCGUUACAAAAUCCCGGCUCCAUUCCAGUGCUUGAGACGACUUAAAAAUGUAUCUGUGCGCAAAUGCUUUGAAGAGAAGGCUGAGAUUUCAUGGAGUCCCCCUGACGUCUACGGUCAUAUUGGAUAUGUAAUAAGGAAGACCAAGGUUAACUGCAUUCAUGGCAGCCUCUGUUGCAAACAUGCUGAGUAUCAAAGAAUCUCGGGCCUUCACCUAAUUUACAGCAACACGACGACGACAAGUAUUGAGGAGGGAAUGCAGUACUGUAUUGAAAUUUUGAUGUGCCCUGCUGGUGAGAAGAAACUUUUGAACUGCGAAUCAAAACACCCCCCACUUUUCAUCAAAUGUCCGAAAACAAGACGUCAGCAUUCUUUGUUGGUUGGAACUGUCGCUGCACUGGCGCUUUUCUUCUGCAUCGCCUGCAUUUACACUGUUGUCUGUUUCAUUAAAAGACGAAAAGCUGAGAGAGAGAGCGAAGGACUCGGCCUAAAAUCACUCUCAACGGCACUCAUUCAAAGUCGUGACGAUGACGGGACCAAAAGAAAAGAGCCAAUGAUGUUUAUUGUGCAUUGCGCUGGGUGUGUGGUAUUGGAAGAGUUUGUCCUUCAUUUAAUCCGAUUCUUUAGACUGAAUGGAAUUAAUGCAGUGUCUGAGUUAACUGAAGAGGAGAGUGUUUUCAAAUAUGGCCGUGGAGUCUUUUUGAACGAAAUGCUCAGCAAGGCUGAUAUCGUUUUUGUUUUAUGCACAGAUGUCAUGGAUAACGUCGCAUGCAAUUCAUCGUAUAUCUGCACUCGAAACGCCGUUCAAAACAAAGUCGUUGAGCACGGCGAUGAUCUAAGUCAUUAUUUCAUGGCUCAUUUUAAUAAAUCCGAGAAUGUCCCAGAUAUGCUGCGCCUUGCAGGCCUGGAUCUCAGUAAAGACCUCAGAAAUCAGCUAGAGAAGACCCUUCUACGAGUCUUCGAUACGAGGACCUACCUUGUUGGCGAAAAAGCUGUUCUAAAGAACAAAAUAGAACUUUGCGGCAAGGCGAAAUCGGCAAUUGCUGAUCUACAGACGUGCUCGUCUCAUCUAUUAUUGCAGAGGCAUUCAAAAUGUCUCUUAGGAACCUGUCCAAAGGGAGACAGGGUAUGAGGAAAAGUUAUGAAAUUGUUUUUGAAUCUAAAUCCCGAAUUGGUAUUAAAACGAAAACGUACUUUUAGCAUUUCAGCUUUUAUUUUCGGUAUUACUAUACAAAUGCGGAUGUAAAUAGUUAUUUGUUACUAUUUUAUACUUUGAAAUGUAAUGUAACAUAUUGCAACCUUUUUAUGAUUUCAAUGAAAUUUAGGAGUAUAACUAAUAGUGUAUUUUCGGAUUCAUAUUAUAUGUGCUAGAUAAAUGUAUUUGUGAAAGAACUUCGAGAAGAUAUUAUUACCUGGGUAGUUGUGAUGUGCCAUUUUUAAGAACUUUAUUAUUGGCAAAAUGAUUUAUUUGGGUAAAUGCCUGUAGCUAUGGGUAGGCUGAUGUAAAACUUGAGUACGCAUACAAAAGCGGAUCACAUUUAGUCUUUAUUUUCCCACUGGCAGUUCUGCUUGAGUGAGAACAACGAGCUUCUAAUUCUCAUUUUAGUUUACAAGCUUGUUUUUACAGUGUACAAUCUGACAAUCACAGCAUGUCAAAUUUAUCUUUUUGAAUACAUUUUGCUUUCUAGGCAUAUUUAUUGCGUAUAUAAGCUUAUAUAUUAUCAUUCUGGCAUAUUCCCUGCAUCGCAUAUUACCUUGGAACCUUUCACCUAUCUAUUCACAGAACGAUUCGGCGUCGUGGUGAAAAUAUCUUUGUCGUCCCUGUAUCUCCUAGUCACUUGACAUGUUUGUGUAUUUUAUUGUACGUAGCAUUUUAUAUUUGUUACUGAAGUAGAACUGUAAAACGAAAAUUGAAACGAAAAAUGUACUUACAAAUUAAAAAUUCUGGGACAUCUAUUCAGAUUUACAUUAAUUGCUAUCAUUUCAUUUUUAAACUGAAUGAAAAAGAGAAAAGCUUCGCGGUUAUUGUAAGUUUGGAAAUUUAGAUUUUUUUCAUUAACGCACCAAGGUAAUGGUAGGGCUAGUGAAUUCGGGAUUGUUAUUUGUACAACUCGCUGGAAACGAGAGUUAUCGUUGUAGUAUGUAGCAAAGUAUGUAAUUUUUUUCAAGCCAUUAGAGGAAGUAGAUAUUUUCAAAUGUAAAACGAAAACGCUCAAGAAUCAAUUGACUCGAAAUUUGAUUAAAUCAAAGCUAUUCAACAA